AUGGCUGGCACCUGGAAGUGGUUGAUACUCCUGAUGAUAGAAAUUCGCCUCCGGAGUCGAGCUUGGGGAAAUCGAGUCCUGAGAACAGUUCGACAUUUGGAAACUUACUUCAGGCGGAAGCGUUGCCUUGACUAUUCGGGGUCAAUCCGCUCAAGCAUGACGAACGCGGGGACUGGUAUUUACGUGAGGACCAAGGAAGAAAACCGAAUUCAAGAUGACACAAGUGUUUCGAUUGAAGAAAUCUCAAAAUAUUCAGAAAUGGUGCACAAGGGAAAGGAUCAAACUCAACAGAGAAGGCGGCGGAGUGAACGAACCGCUCAAGCAAAUGAUGGUACAAUCUCGGAAGGAGAUCAGUCUAUCACGAUUUUGGGGGAUUUACAAACAAAUGGGGAGCAUCGAUUAGUUUCUCUGAAAUGUGGACAAUUUUUUGGGAAGACUUGCAUUGAGAGAUGGAUUAGAGGAGAGAAAGUGUCACAAUGUCCCAAAAAAAAACAAAGCUACACUCAAAGAUGUGCGUCUUCAUUAUGGGUAGAACAAUUAAGAUGGCCGGAUAACGGGGAGCUUGAAGUGACCAGGAAAGCUCGCGAUGAUAACAACGGCAUGACACAAGCGCAGUAUUCUGAUUUGAUGGUCGAAGGUUGUCAAAAAGGGAACUUUCAAAAUUUGGCCCUGAUGCUAGACGCGAACUUUCUAUGGAAGGUUUCGGAAGAUUCCACUGCCAUUAUUUUUGAUUUGACAAUGCAUACGAAACGUUCGCAUACAUUUAAAUUGGGUAUGCUUGGAUGGACUGGUUGGUAUCUAUCGGAUACUAUGUUCGCGGUUGGUUUACAAAAUGGACGCGUCUUGGAGUUUGAUCUGGUACAAUCUGGUCAUCGACAACCAAUCACGGACCUUACGGAUGGGGCAUGUGAUGAGCCUCAACUUUUGCUGAUGGCGUCCUUAAGAAAGGUGAUGGCUCGACAUCGUGGACAACUUGAAACGAUUCUUGAGCAUAAUACCGGAAGAAUCACUUCGAAAUCGAUGGACUUGGCAUAUAUCCUCUCGUCAUCAUUAUUCACUUCCGCAGGAUCGCUGGUCUCGAUGGCGUUCGAACCGGAUUUUAAUCGCUUGGCAAUUUACGACUGGAGUGAUAAGCAUAAAGAGGUUGUGGGCACAACCUCAAUCCACUGGACUCCAAUGAUUCGCGCCUCAUUCACAAUCACUUUUGCCUCGAGCGCCACCUAUGCCGCUUUGACUUGCGAUAAACUGACUGGACCGUGCGAGCUCGGAUGUGAUCAGAUUCGAUGGAAGCAGCGAUUGCUCCAACCGAUAAAACCGGUCACCGAAGCGUGUGCCGAUAAAGUGAAACCCGCAAACUGGUGUCUCGGAUUGCCCCAAAAGGAUCAACAAGCAAUGUGGCGAACAAUGCCCAAAAACGUGUGGCUUGUGUGGGUCGGGAACGACGGCAUGGUCGUUUCAUCGCGAAUCCCCGAUGAGAUCAAAAUCUCGCUCAUUCGCGCUUUUUCCCAUUUCCCCGAAUACAAUUUCUUCUGGAAGUAUGAGACAAUCGAGUCGGAUUCGUGGCUUUUCAAGAAUUACACAAAUGUUUUCCCUGAUCAAUUGGCUUCCGCAAACGGAUAUUUUAGGAACACUGGAAAAACGAUUGCUUUCUAUCUCCCAUAUGGUAUACCGAUAUUUGCUGAUCAAGUAUACAAUGCAUUGAAUGCUCAAGAGAGGGAAUAUCGG